UACCCGGUUUCUCCUUGGAUGAACUGGGUCAGAGGGACGCGGAGUGCCUUUUGAAUGGUUUAAAAUCGUAAACAAUAAAUUUAGAGGUGCACACUGAACAUCGCUAACAAAUAGAUUGAAAAUGAAACGUGAUGUUCGGAUACUGCUUUUGGGGGAACCUAAGGUUGGGAAGACCUCUCUCAUCAUGUCCCUGGUAGGAGAGGAGUUCCCAGAGGAGGUCCCCCUGCGUGCUGAAGAGAUCACCAUACCUGCAGAUGUCACGCCUGAGAAAGUGCCCACACACAUAGUGGACUACUCUGAAAACGAGCAGACUGAAGAAGCACUGAAGGAAGAGAUCAUCAAGGCUAACGUCGUAUGUGUGGUGUAUGAUGUAACACAAGAAGAAACCAUUGACAAGAUCAGGACUAAAUGGAUUCCCCUUGUGAACGGCGGAGCCGAGAAAGGCAGCAAAAUUCCCAUCAUCCUUGUGGGCAACAAGUCUGACCUACGUUCUGGCAGCUCUAUGGAAACUAUCCUGCCAAUCAUGAACCAGUUCUCGGAGAUUGAGACCUGCGUGGAGUGCUCUGCUAAGAAUCUGAAGAAUAUUUCCGAGCUUUUCUACUAUGCUCAAAAAGCUGUUCUUCACCCUACGGCACCACUCUAUGACCCUGAAGACAAACAGCUGAAGCCACAGUGUGUUCGUGCCCUCAGCCGGGUUUUCACCAUAUCUGAUCAAGACAACGAUCGCAUCCUCAGUGAUUCCGAACUCAACAGCUUUCAGAAAUCUUGUUUUGGGAACCCUUUAGCACCUCAGGCUCUGGAGGAUGUGAAGACAGUUGUGUGGAAAAACACUAGUGACGGAGUUCAGGACAACGGCCUCACGCUUAAUGGAUUCCUGUUUCUGAACACGCUUUUUAUUCAGAGAGGGCGGCACGAAACUACAUGGGCCAUUCUACGCAAGUUUGGCUAUGACGACACACUCGAGCUCACAGACGACUACCUCUAUCCACCAUUACGUGUGCCUGUAGGUUGUACAACGGAGCUGACUCAUCUCGGUUAUCAGUUUCUCCAGAGGCUCUUUGAAAAAUAUGAUGAGGAUAAGGAUUCUGCCCUCUCUCCAGCAGAGCUGAGGAACCUGUUUAGCGUAUUUCCCUUCAUGCCUUGGGGUGAAUCUGUGUAUCGUAGCAUCUCCACCACAGAGGAAGGCUACAUCUCUCAGCGUGGCUACCUCUGCCAGUGGACGUUGUCGGCGUACCUGGAUGUCCAUAGGUGUCUCGAGUACCUGGGUUACCUUGGUUACUCUACUCUAAUGGAGCAGGAUUCUCAAACGUCAGCCAUCACAGUAACCAGAGAGAAGGCAUUAGACCUGGAAAGGGGGCAGACCCAACGCUCUGUGUUUCUCUGCAAGGUGAUUGGUCCAUGUGGGACAGGAAAGACUGCGUUCUUACAAGACUUCCUGGGCCAAAGUAUAAUGGUUGACGACUGCAAUUCCAGUGCUUUUUCUCUUUACACCAUCAAUACUGUGACCAUUGCCAACCAGGAGAAAUACCUCAUUCUGGAGGAGGUUGACGUGGAAACGGAGUUCCUGAAAGCAGCAGAUGCAGCUUGCGAUGUUGCCUGCCUGAUGUAUGAUGUCAGCGACCCAGACUCAUUCAACUACUGUGCUAGUAUAUACAAGCAGCACUACAUGGAGCGGGGCGUGCCGUGUGUAGUGGUGGCCUCCAAGGCGGACCUGAGCGAGGUGAAGCAGCACCACGGCAUGAGUCCAGCUGAGUUCUGCUACAAGCACAGACUCCCGGCGCCACUGCGCUUCUCCACACUGCACUCGCACAGCAAUGCGCACAUCUACAACAAGCUGGUGUGUGCAGCCAUGUGCCCGCACCUGAAUGGUUCAGAUAUGAGCAGCACCUCCUUCUGGCUGCGUGUGACGCUUGGUGCUGCUAUGGCAACGGUCCUGGGCUUCGCUUUGUACAGAGCCUUCUACAGACACAAAUAACAUCCGCACGCGCCUCAUAAACACUGGGUCUCCUCUUACUUCUGUUGGCUGUCAUUUCCAACUCUGACUCUGUCUCUCCGACGUGCAUACACACAUACACACACAUACAGAUAUACACAGUGUUUGCCUUACAAUGCUAAGCAAUGAGACUGAGAGUAGUAAUGCAAUGGACCCAACUCCCCCUUCCCCUGUUAUGAAUACAAGGGGAACAGAUGUGGACCUCAUGAUGCACAGCAAAAAUGCAGCUAGUGGUCACGCUGACCUUGUCAUCUCUUGAUCUUAAUGGUUGACCCUUAACCUGUGUCACAUUUCCCCAAACUUCGGUUCAGCUGAAACCCUCACACUCAGUAACAGCAAAACAUGGAGACAGUGCAGAAGAGUUUGUGAAUGUGUGUCCAUGUAUGUGUGAGUGAAAAGUGAAAGAGAUUAACUUGCACCAUUAUGAGCAGUGGAAAAUGCUGAAUUGUAUGGAAUUAUUUCGUGUGGGACCUGCCCGAGUAGACAGAUGUUUAUUGUAUUAUAGUGAUGACUGACAGUGAAGGGUCCAAACACAAUGCUUUCUUUCCAGAAGGUCACCGCUCAAGCACACAGGGUUUGGACCAGCUGGGUUUUUGUUGUGUGUUUUGAAAGGUUUGUUCUGUUUGAUCUUUAUGAGAUAGAGGUCACCUUUGUGUCAUAUUAGCUCAGAAACAUUGUGGAGAACCUCUGGGUUGUUGACUUGCACGCGCGCGCACACAUAUAUUAAACCAGAAGUUAUCACAUUCUGGUAGUUGUCUAUGGAGAUGCAGACAUGUCCACUUAUGUUAUUUAUAAUUACAGUGCGAAGCCACAGGGUGUUCUGACCCAUUUUCAGUGCUGUUUUUUUCCUCCCUUUUUGGCUGCGUUUAUCACUUUGAAUAUGAUGGGUGCCUGAAACCUCAGAAACUCGCCCUAGCUGGAGGUGGUUCUGAGCCUCUACGCAUCUGCAAUUAAAGCGGAGACCUCCGUGCCAAGCACCACUGUGACUGUGUAUGUGCACCUUCAACAUCAACAGAAUCCAUUUCAGAUUUUAGGGUUUGUGCCUAUACUUUGUAUGAAAACCCAACAAUGAAAUAUAUAAACUAUUCAAUAUUGCUGUCUGGAAUAAGUCUGUAUAGUAAUCAGCAGGUAAACUUACAUGUGUGUUGGGUUACACACGUGCGCGUAAACAGUCCCACUGCAGUUCAGCCCCUGAAGUUCUCCACAUCCUCAUGAAAUUUUUACUUGUAGUGCAUCAAAGCUAGUAUGUUUCAACAAAAAUAUUUUGUAAUAAACUUUUUUCAUGUGA